AAUUGCUACGAACAAAGUUAUGGCGAGGUGGAUGAGGACAAGCAGUUUGCAUCACGAAUGCGUUCUGUCAUCAUAGAGAUGUACAAUCAGUGGGAGAAAGCCGCUGAUGGCGACAUGCCUGACAAGCACCGACUCAUGGUGAUCAUAUCACUCUUCGUUUUCUUUUAUCUGCAUUUUCCCACAAAAGACACUAAACUACCGAAGUUAAUGUGGAAAAGUCACAGAAAGAUUGUGGCCUUUCACCUUGUUGGAGACAUCCUAUGGAUUCCGUGUGAAUUUCUUAUGCGAGAAAUUCCUUCCAUAGUGAAUGCUGUGGAUAAGAAGAGCGUCAAAUUCAUUCAGCAUUUGCGAGAAACAUUCUAUGUCGAGCACUGUGAUGGUAUGCUCGAAGAAGCUGUCUCACACAUAGCUACAGCCGAAGAUUGGCAAUUCAAGGUAUUGAUUUGA